UGCAUUGCCCUUCUCCACUACUCCCCCAUCAGAUUGAUAAUGAUUUGAAGAAAAAGAAGAUGACCCAGCUACUAGUCCCGGUUUGAACCUGAACCCGAUCGAGGCUUACCCAAUUGAGGGUUCGGGGUCCAGCAAAGAAACCAACGGUCUUGUUGCAGUUUCUUCCGGGGCAAUUGGGUCAAGCUUAUUAUUGUUUUUGGGCCUUUUCAGUUAUGGCCUAAUAAAGAAAAAAAGGCUUCUGGUUUUUGCUGUUGUUGCUUUGUUUCACAGUUCCCAUUCAAAAAAGGAAAAACCUUAUUUUUCUGCUACUGUUGCUUUGUUUGGAGUUUUGAGCUAUCUCACCCUCUUAUGUUUAUUCAGAGAAACAAAGGCAAGAAGCUGUGCAUCGAUCACGCUUCAAUACCGGAUUCAGUACACUGCUAGCAAUGCUGAUCGCCCAUAUUGGCUUGAUUUCCCCAACCAAAGACUGCCUCAUAAACUGGCAAUUAAUCAGCCCCAACUCAUAAGGUCUUAGACAAUAGUAUAUAGCUCACUGUUUUUGAUACAUCGACAUUGCACCAGUGCUGAAUGCUUCAUACAUAAGAUACUGCUUCAAUAUGAAAUCAAGCUUAAAUUAAUCAACAUGAAAUCAGAACAUGCAAAUCAAAGCCAUCAUGAAAUCCAUCUUCAUAAGCUCGAAGCAGUUUUACCAUGAACUUUAUAGAAAACUACCCAUAAUAUUACUAUCAGUAGUGCUACAGAAUUAGAUAGCAUGUAUUUGAUAUAACUAUAUAUAUGCACCGGAUGAUGCAAAGAAAUAUUUGGAAUUUUGAAUCCAUUUCUUUUCUUCUUUUUUUCUUCUAAUUUUCAAAUAUUGACAUGUAUAAAUUGCAUGUAGUAGUCUAACCAAAGCAUUGGUUAUAGGCAGUAAUGCUUCCUUUCUACCUCAGAACCGAUUUUUUGUUCUUCCUUUUUGGUAGGAAGAGGAGGAUUAGCAGGCUUAGUCGAUUAAUGUCUUCUAUUUAUGAGAGUAUGACUAUGUAUUUAAGUUCUUCUUAUGUGCAGCUUUAAGUUGAGUAAUAAAUUUCAGUUUUCACCAGUUAUGUAAACUCAAUCUUGAUUUUGUUCAUGUGUUCAAUCUUUGAGGAUAUGCAGAGCUAACCAGAAAUGAACAAGUUUGAUAUAACAUUAAGCUACAGAAUGUGGGCUUUUGCCAACUUUUGUAGUGGGUAGGUAGUUGAGGUUGACCCUAACGUUGGUGUAGCUGACUCAUGCCAUGAAAAAAAGGAAAAGAGAGAAGAAAGAGAAAUUGGUGUGGUUGAAUAUUGAUGACUUGAGUACUGAGGAGUCUCUUAAACUUUGUGGCUGUAGGUGCAUGGUUUUCAAAAUUUCAUCAAUGUAUUUAAGAUAACUGAAAAAUUGAGUUGAUCUUUUGUGACAUUUUAUGGAAUUACUUCAGCUAAUUGUUGCAGUCUCUGCUAUUGUUCUUAUUCUUGUUCUUCUUCUUCUUCUUUUAUUUUAUUUUAUUUUAUUUUUUCAAGCCCAAUUUUUGUCAAAGGCCUCACAUUUUAAUUCUUUAUUUAUCUAAUUAUUUACUUAUUUUCAAGUAGUUAUGGAUACAUAUAUAUUUUGGUCAAAAUAACCUUUAGCUUAGGAGAUUGAGACCACAGUAUAUAUGUUUACUGGUUAUUAUAAUACUAAAGGGAAAAAAACAUAAACCCGCAGCAUCACGCGGGCGAGUUGCCUAGUUGAAAUGAUAACUAUAUUACUUCUUCCAACAUCUAAAUCAUUCAUCCAUUCACACUUGAAAUACUUGAAGCUCAGAACGGAGCUUUAUGAUUAGUAAAGACAUUCAAGUAUGCAGUGGUCUAAUAUUGUUUCUUUCAAGUCUUUGGAGCUAUGGACAAAAUUAAGUUUUUUGCAUGAAAUAGUCAUGGAGAUGAUAAUAUUGGUUAUGGAAAUAGCAGAAAAGCUUGCAAGCACUCUUCUGUAGACGAAAUUGGGAGGUCAGUUCUUUUAAGUUCUGAUGAUUGGAGUCGUCAGACAAGAUGAUCCCUGGCCCUUUGGUACUCUUUAUGCUGUGCAUAAUUUCUGGAUACAAAUUUCCACUACCCUUAGGUUGUAUGGUACAGAGUACAGACUGCCUUCAUUUAAUUCAGCUUAUAGACAAUAUACGAGUUCUUUAACUAUGUAUUCAUUUGUACAGGAAAAUUGCAUCAGCUCCCACAUCCACUACUCAGAUUUAAGCUAAAAGCAUCGACAAUGUCAUUGGAAUUUCAAGCUGAUGGGUUGAUACAUACUCUGGUAAGCUACACAGAUCUAAUCAUAACUUGAAGUUUCUCAGUUUAUAAUUUUGAUUUAUGAAGGAGUGGAAGUAUAGUCUCUGAGUUAAAUUUGAAAUUGCAAGCAGCUCGUUUUUUGAAGAUGCAUUGUAAGUCUAUUUCUUUUAUCCAUUAUCUUUUACCAUUCUAGCUAGAUAAUGGCUUUUUUAUAUUCUUGUUUAAACAGUGGGUUUAUAUUGUAUUCAGAUCGUUAACUUUCACAUACUCUAUGCAUAGUCAGACGGUGAAGAAAAAGUACAUAUAUUGAGAUACACAUUUCAUAUUUUGCAAUUGCAAAUAUUGGUAAUUUGAACUGUGUUCUACCAUUUUGUGUCUUGAUCAAGAUAUGCCAUCCUUCUCAAGGUGUUUAAGUCAUUGCAUCUUGCCAUCACAAUCCAAUCGAUUUCAGGUGCUGUUAUCAAAAGAUCAUUCUAUUCUAGUCCUGCUAGAGAAAUUGAACCAUCUGCAAAACAGCACUUUAUGUCAGAGGUUAUCGGGCAAUGAUAAUGCAGCAUCCAGAAAACUAUAGCACCUGUUGAUUACUCUUCACCUAUCUCAAGUAGUUUCUCAUCAUUGGUUCUUUGUUAUCUUUUAGAGGGACGUGUUUAUUCACUGGCUAGUUUGCCAAAUUAUAAUUUUACUACACGGGGGAUAUAAGAUCCCUGCUUUUGUCGGUUCAACUUCUGUCUUCAUUGUUUUUAUAGCUAUAUCGAUCACUGUUUGUUUGAUCUCUUUUUAUAGGAAUGUUACUAUGCACUUGAAGUGAUUAAUUGGUUAUGAAAUUGAUACUGGCAUCGAUCAUUCAUCAUGUGGAUUGCGAUAUUGCUUGUGGCUUGUGCCCAAAUAGUACUGCACUAGUGCUAUGCCAUCUAGAAAGUAAGAAUGAAUUUUUUUGUGAUCAUACUUUAAAGUUUAAACCUAUCAGAGUCCAUCUUAAUUAUUCUAGGUAGAACAUUACUUCCAUUUCUUUUGGCUGUCAAAAUUACUUGAUAUUUAACAUUAAGAAUUUGUUGCAUAGCUCCAUGGUUGCAGCUAUUAUAGUGUCGCCGAUGUUUUUGCUGUUUUACAUGGACAUAAAAUUUGCAGUGCCAGCACUUGCUGUUGAACAAAUUCAGUGCAAGUGCAGUGGUCUUCACAGACACUUGAAAGCUCUUCUUUCUGUGGUGUAUGUUUCUGUCUCUGCUGGAUCCUCUUCCAGUCUUCUACCCCCAAAGUUCACUUAAGUGCACUUGGUAAGUCUUAACUGAACCUGUAGAACUUUUGGCUUGUUUUAUUGGAGAUAUAUAUUUGCAUGUCGAAAGGCAGCCAUCACCCGUUUCAUAGAAAUCUUGCAUUGCCGCAAAAUACCUUGGAUGGAUUGAAAUUGAAAAGGUAUGUCAGUUAACAUGGUCAAAGUUGCGUCGAUCAGUUCAGUGUGCCAGUGAACAUCAUAUUUAUUUGUGGUCAUAUUCUCUUUGCUCUCUUUUAUUUUAGACUUCACUUUGUUGGUAAAAGUCAUGUUGGAGGAAAAGCCAUGUGUAGUCUGGACAGCUCUCGUUGUAAAAUCAUAUUUCUGACAUGCACGGUAAGCUGAAUUCGGCAACGCUUAUAAGACUCUUAUGUAACUUUCGAAUCUAUAGAAGCUAGAUUGGAAUUAGCUUACUCAUCUAUAUAAUUGGUUGGUGAUUUUCAGAUUUUAUAUUAUAGGAUGUAUAUAUCUGAUAUCAUAAGUAUGUGUAUGACUCUCUAUGAUCUAAGAUUGUUCCAUUUAUGUGUUCAAAGUAUGGGGAUGGUCAUAUUAAAGCAACUGAUUGUUCAUGUUAUUUAUCGUUAUGUAUAUCUCUUAUUCAUAUAUUGUAUUUAAGGGGAAUAAUCAGCUGAUUUUACUUUCACUUGGAAUAAUUGCUACUCAGUAGGCAUGAUAUUUCCGAAGACCUUUAUGCUUUUGUAUAUCCGAAAACUAAUCAUCUGCAUUUCUUUAGUCCUUGGGGUUUUGUUAUCUGAAAAAAUUCUUCUACUCUGAAUUGUUCUACUUAGAAAUUAGUGAUUAGGCUAUCACUCUAACAUGUUGUUCCCCAUAGAUUGCUUCUAAUUUCUUUUUCUUACGUUAGUUGGUAGUGGCUAGCUAGUUUGAGGCUUAGUUGAGCAACCAUCACUAUACCACAAAGUUAAACAGACGACAGUUCAUUAACUGUCAUUUGAAUGAAAAAGCUGCUAUUGUCUAGUAGCUUGUUGUCUGAUUGACCUCAUUCAGACGACAGGUAAGAACCAUUGUCUAUUCAAAAUUCACACAACAUAUAUAGGUAAGUAUGUGUCAUCUGAAUAUUUCCAAAUUAAAAUAAUUAGGUUAAACUAUUGUCUGUUACAAACUCACACAACAGUUCAUUAAUUGACUGUUGAGAAAAAUUAUAUUACACCAACAGUUUUAGGAAAACUGUGUUGUGUGUGAUGAAUCUCAGACAAGCGCAACACAACUAUAUGAUGUUUGAAAUGAAUGUCACACCACAUUGUUGGAAUGGCUCUGUUGUCUGAAAUGAAUCUCCAACAUCAGAAUAUUUAGGAAUCUCUAGUCCCUAUAUAUAUUUACCAACUAUUACUAAUUUGUUUGUGUUAUAGGAUUUGCAUAAGAUAUAACAGUGCGCUGAUGGUAUAUGUCGUCUAACAGCAACUCAAACCACAGUUUUUAUUAUAUUUAGCUGUGUUAAAUGAAUCUUAGUCAACAUAUCAUUGUUACAUCUGUUGACUGAAUUCAAUAUCAAAUGAUAGUAAUUUUGUUAUAUAUGUUACCUGAAUGUAGGUCACACAAUAUUAAAUUUGUUAUUUCUGUUGUAUAAAAUGAAGUUCAAACCUUCAGACAACAUGUAUUAUUUGCUGUUUUUAGAUGUGUUGUAUGAGUGAAUCUCAUACAAUGGUUUUGUGAACCCUUCUGUUGUGUGAUACCUUUGGAAACUACAUUUAUCUGACCUAUAUAUGUUGUCUAAAUUGACUUUGCACAAUUGUUGCAAAUAUGAACCAAAUCUAAAAUAAAACAUUGUCAUAUAUCAAUGUCAUAUUUCUUACAUUGCCAAUCCAAAACAUUUCCAAAAGUACAUAUCCAUAUCCAGAUAUGAUCAAGUCCAACAAUCCUAACCAAAAGUAACCUUAAUCUAGCAAGUAUAACAUUUCCAAAAGUAUAUAGCCACAGUCUUUGCUGGUAUGUUGCUCCGGAAUACCCUAUGAACAGUAUAAGAGGAAACUUGUGAGAUACAUGAAGGAAAUAGUAAGUGGAGGAUACGAAUCUUCCGUAAAGUAUGCAGCUUGCCUUACAUAUCCUCCUAUUCUCACUUCCAUUGCAACUACUUAGAGCAUUCUUUCCCCUGCCAAGUUUGACCAAGGCAAUAGAAAAGUUGAUUAACUUGAUGCAUCUAAACGUUGGGGGUUGUAAUAAGCUGAGGUACCCACCAACAGGGAUUGCAUUCAUUGCAAGUUUGAAAGAAUUACAGAAAACUGUGUGUGAUUUAUACAAUCUAGAAACUCUGGUCCUUGUUGGAUGUCGUAGACUUAAGAAACUACCCAAUGCCAUGGGAAAGUUGACUAGCUUAAAGCAUCUAUAUAUUUGGGAUUGUGAUAAGCUGAGGUACUUACCGACAGGGAUUGCAAGUUUGAAAAGUCUGGAAGCACUAGACAGCUUUUAUGUAUGUGAGGGUGAUGAUGAAGCAUUGAAAUUAGGAAAUCUCGGAAUCAUGGACCGGCUUCCGGCAUCUAUAUAUUGGGGAGUAAUGCGAAAGAUGAUGCGAGUGAGAUUGAGAAAGCACAGCUGGUAAUAAGGAGCACCUCUCUCAUUUGGGAGUACGUUUCCAUGAAGGAUAUGAAGAGCAGAGAAAAGGUGAUGAAGAAAUAGUGAAAGCAUAUUGCAACCACAUCAAAUUUUUAAUCUUUAUCCAUAUAGAAUUGCCAUGGCACCGCCAAGUCUCUCCAUUGGAUCAGGCCAUUACACAAGUUGAGAGAAGUUAAUCUUGAAGGGUGGCAAUUUUGUGAACUUUUGCCUCCUCUUGGAAAAUUGCCAUCUCUUGAAAUUCUGGAAAUUCAGUGGAUGGAAUGAUGGAUAAUGUGAAAAAGGUGGGAGUUGAAUUUCUGGGAAUACAAGAAGAAGUCUCAAGAAUUCUAUUCCCCAGAUUGGAACGACUUUCUUUUCGUCUCAUGCCCAACUGGGAAGAGUGGGAAGGAAUUGUAAAGGAUUCUUCUGAAAUCACAAUAAUGCCAAUGCUUUCUUCUGAAUUGUAAAGGAAUUGUAAAGGAUUCAAAUACUCUGCAAGUUUGCAUUCUGUUCACAAUUUGCAAUAGGAAUAUUAUCAGUAAAGGAUUCAAAUACUCUGCAAGUUUGCAUUCUGUUCACAAUUUGCAAUAGGAAUAUUAUCAGUUGUUUACUUUAAUCAUUGUAUCUUCUUUCUGUAGUCCAACGCUUAAAGACUUGUUCAACUGCCAUAAGAUGAUUUAACUCCAAUCCAGCUUGAUCAACACAUCCUAUGCAGGCGGUUGCAAACCAUAAAGUGCCCCUUCCUUCAUCCUCAGAGCAAAUCAUUUUGCCUUCGACGAUGAUAUGAUCCAUCUCUUUACUUGGCGUACUUCUGAAUGAUGGGCUUCCAUGUCAUCUGAUGGAUGCACACUGCACUCAGGUUCUUCAUGCAGAACUUGCAAAUGGGGUAUGUGCAAGUCAAUCAGGAUAUGUUCUCCCGACAGAGAAUCUUAAGUUACACUUGUGGACCACAUUGAUGCUUCUAGGACUAAGAAUGUCAUUGGAGUUGUCAAGCUAAUGAAGCUAUCUAGAUAGGUCGUGACUGAAUUAACUUGUGAAGUUGGAGUUUAUCCAAUCUGAUGUGCUUAUGACAUGUUGGGGGUAUGGAGGGAUUGACUAGUAAUUGGGGUUCAGAAGCAUUUUCUACAAUCUGUAUCUUAACAAUAAGCAGCAGGCCGGGAGCCUGGUAUUUGGUGUUUGUGCAAAUGGACCGUUCAAAUCCUUCCACCUCAAUCGUUGAAGGCUACUUGAAGGAUUAUGCAUCACAGGGUCUUUCACCAUAAAGGAAAUUUGGAAUGCAUUGAACUGAUUGAAGUGGUCCUUAGCUAAACUAGGCUGAGGCUUUUUUUGGAAUGGACACGAUCGCGGAUUGGAAGCUUUUCGUACAAUCUGCAUCCUAACAAAAAACAUGGAGCUGGAGAAAUGGUGUUUCUGUAGCUGUACUCAGUGGACAUCCUCUGCAGUCACUAUGAAACCAUUCCACCUUACCAUCAUGAAAGAUGGACAGAAAAAUUGCAGUGCCAGCACUUGCCGUGGAACCAAUUAAGUGCAAGUGCAGUGGUCCUCACAGAGACUUGAAAGCUGUUCUUUCGAUGGUCUUCACAGUACCUACAACAAUUUUUGGUUUUCCUUUUUGCAACAAAUUGUCCUUAAUUUUCAUCUGCUCGAAAAACUUUUAUAUAUAAGGGAAUAUGUUAACAACUUUAAAAUUGAAUGACUGUCAUGUUUGCUAUGCAAGACUAAAAUCUUUCCUGUCCUCUGUAAAAAUCAAUUGCACAAUACGAGAGUAGAAGAAAAACUAAAAGGGAAAGCAAAGCUACAACUCAAUUGCCAUCUCACCCUAGCAUAGUGCAUAGACCAACUAAUAUGGCGUUCAAUUCAACCUUGAUCAACUGGAGAGAAGCAACUAAUGUUGGCCAGUGCCAGGCUCCAAAUUAGACAGAGUUGCAACACGACCUUGGUCUCUGUAGUUGAUUGUGGCUUGCUUUUUGUCUCUAUGGAAUCAAAAGCAUUGGUUCCAUUAUUAAUCAUGCGCUUAGGUCCUCGUCAAGCUUUACUCACCAGCAUUGCAUAUUCUUUACUCAAGUGGCUCUGAACAGAGAGACAUGAUUCAUCAAUCUGUGGGUCAGCUGGUCAGCAGUCGGCCACAUGCAGCAAAGACAAUAGCACAGCACCAAUAAUUGUUGCUUUUCUGCAUUUUUUGCUUUUUCGUUUCUCACAUUUCUCUUUUUACUUGCAAUCACUUUCAAACUCAUGCCUGCAACUAUGGACCAAAAUAAUGCCUUACAGAUGGAGUAAAGACUAAGAAUAGGUAAACACAGUCAUUAGUGUAGUUGUCGUGGCUCAGACCAGAAAAAAUAAAGUUGUGGCUAUGAAGAAAUUGCAGGGAAUUUGUGGGGAUUGAAGAUAUUUGCCCACCAAUAAUUCUUCAAACCUCAUCAUAUAAAGCUGGUUCAGGGGAGUAGCAUAUCGCCACACCAGAAAACCUUCUUACCUGAAGCAAGUCCAUUUUCUCAUUUCUCUUUUUCUUUCCUCUGACAAUCAAUUUCCGAACACCACAAUGGCUGAAGCACUUGUAUCCUUCCUUGUAGAGCAGUUGGGUUCCUUCAUCUUCCAACAUGUGGAACAAAAUGUGAAACUUGUUGUGAAUGUCAAAAAAGAAGUAGUCAACCUUACCCUCAACCUCAAAACUAUUCAAGCUGUGCUGGCAGAUGCAGAGAGGAGGCAAGUCAAGGAGGACAGCGUGAGACGCUGGCUCAACAAUCUGAAAGAAGUGUCGUACGAGGUAGACGAUGUGGUGGACGAGUGGAGCACUGAAAUCCUGAAACAACAAAUCGAGAACCAAGGUGACAAUGCUAUUGUACCUAACAAGAAGGUAUAUUUCUCUAUUCCCUUCCGUUGUCUUGGUACUGGCCAAGUCACUCGGAUAAUUUCUCGUCGUGACAUUGCUGUGAGGAUAAAAGAGUUGAAUGAGAAGUUAGCUUUGAUUCAUGAACAGCAAAAAUUUUAUAAGUUCCUUCAAAAUGAAAUAGAAUUUGAGCAACCUGAACGAUUGAAAAGUUUCUCAAUUGUCGAUAAAUCUGGGACAUUUGGUAGAGACUACGAAAGGAAUAAACUAGUAAGCGAGUUAGUGAGUGAGAAUAGUGAAGAAAAGAAGACGCCUCUUGUCAAAUCUAUUGUAGGUAUGGGGGGGAUAGGCAAAACAACUCUUGCCCAACUAGCCUAUAAUGAUGAAAAAGUAAAUGCUUGUUUUCAGACAAGAAUAUGGGUUUGUGUCUCAGAACCCUUUGUACAAAUUGCGGUUGCCAAAGCCAUCCUUGAGGGUCUUAAGGUAACUGCCCCAAAUUCAAAUGAGUUGGAAACUUUUGUUCAACUUAUAUCUGACUCGAUUAAGGGCAAGAAGUUCCUUCUUGUCCUAGAUGAUGUUUGGGACUCAGACCAUAGAAAGUGGGAGCCCUUCUUGACAACAUUAGGGUGUGGUGGCUCAGGGAGUAGAAUUUUGGUUACAAUGCGAAUAACGCAAGUUGCUAGUACACUGGGAGCAACUAGUGACCACACAAUCCAUUUGAAGGAGUUGGGUGAAGAAACUUGUCGGUCAUUAUUCUAUCACAUUGCAUUUUUUGAUGAUGAAAGAAAAGAGUCUAAAAAGUUUGAAGAUAUUGGUAAUGAAAUCGUGAAAAAGUGCAAAGGCUUGCCUCUUGCUGCUAAGACUUUGGGUAGUCUAAUGCGGUGUAAGAAAACACUGCAACAAUGGGUAGAGGUUUUGAAUAGUAAGAUAUGGGAAUUACAAGAGUUUGAGCAGCAAGUCUUCCAACCGUUAUUACUAAGUUACUAUGAUUUGAAACCAUUGUCCAAACGUUGUCUUUUGUAUUGUGCUACAUUUCCUAAAGAUCAUGUGAUUGUUAAGGAUAAGUUGAUUGAGUUGUGGAUGUCACAAGAUUAUCUUGAAGUCAAAGGAGGAAAUAAAGAAAAGACAACAGUAGGUCAAUGGUGUUUUGAGAACUUAGUAACGCGGUCUUUCUUUCAAGAUAUUGUGGAAGAUUCUGAUGGGAACAUUGAAAGUUGUAAAAUGCACGACAUCGUGCAUGACUUUGUGCAAUAUUUGACCAAGGAUGAAUGCUUUAGUAUGGUGGUUAAGGGUGCUAAUGAGAGAAUGGAGUUACCUGGUGAUGAAGUCCGUCAUUUGUCUUUAAUGUUUGCACCCAAGGGUCCAUUUCCUGUUUCUUCUCUCAACUGUAAGAGUUUGCGCACUCUCACAGCUUUUGAAUCGAAACUCACUAGCAUUGGCGUAGAGUUGAUUUCGCAAUCAAAAAGCCUUAGGACUUUGAAUUUGAGUGAAAACUCGAUUCGAGAAGUUCCAAAGGAGAUUGGUGGAUUGAUACAUCUGAGAUAUCUGGACUUGUCUGAAAACCAUGAACUGAUGGAAUUGCCCGACAGUUUAUGUGAUUUAUACAAUCUGCAAACGUUGCGAGUUGUCAACUGCAGUGAACUUGUCAAAUUUCCCGAUGAAGAGGCAAUGAGAAAGCUAACCAAGUUAAAGCAUCUUUAUGUCUAUCGGUGCUGUCGUCUAAAAUCAAAAGGGAUAGGGAGGUUAACCGGUCUGCAAAAGCUAGAUGUGUUUCAUCUAAAUGGUUAUAGGGGUGAGGACAAAGAAGGGACGUUGAAGUUGCAAGAUUUGGAAAACUUGAACCAACUUGAAGGGAGUCUUGAAAUUGCACACUUGGAGUCUGUGGAAGAUGCGAGUGAGGGUGUAAAGGCAUGUUUGAGUGAGAAACAUCUCCUUCAUCAUCUGCAUCUAGAUUUCUUAUGUUUCGGUCUAUGUUAUCAUCAGGGGAAAGAAGAAGGGAGGGGCCAAAAUGAUAGAGAAAUACUGAAUGGGCUGCAACCACAUGGAGGUUUGGAAUCAUUGACCAUCCAGAACUGCCAGCUGGCUACUUCUCCGUGUCCUGAUUGGAUCUUGUCUUUACAUAAUCUGACAAGUCUUGUCCUUUCUGACUUCGGUAAUUGUGAGCUGCUUUCGGGUCCAUUUGGGAGAUUGCCGUCGCUUGAAUCACUUGUAUUUCAGGGGAUGGAGAAAGUGAAAAAGGUGGGAGUGGAGUUAUUGGGAAUUGAAGAAAGAGAAUUACAAUCAUCCUCCUCCUCGUCUUCUCUUAUUUUAUUCCCCAAAUUGAAAACCCUCCAGUUCUGGCGGAUGAGGAACUGGGAAGAGUGGGAAGGAGUGGGAGGGGAUUUUCAGAAUAAUAUUACCAUAAUGCCCUCCCUAUCUCGCUUGGUACUUAACGGGUGCUCCAAACUUGGUACGCUGCCCGACUUCCUGCGCAAGACACCACUACUACAGAGCGUGACCCUCGUGGCUUCUCCAAUUCUCGAGGGUAAAGUCGGGGACAAAACAAUUGAGGAGUGGGUAUUCUCCAAUUCUCAGGGGUAAAGUCGGGGACAAAACAAGUGAGGAGUGGGCCAAGAUUUCUCACGUCCCAGACAUCCAAGUGGAGGAAUUCUGAUUUCAGGCGGCGAGUUGUUGAGUGGUCUUGUCUUCUAGCAGGCGACAAAUCAAGCUGUAGGCUGUGAGCUUUCUUUCUUCCCUACAAAAUAGUAGCUGUUAUACAUACUCUACAAACACUGCCGGACUUCCUGGGCGUUACACUUGACAUGAGGUCACUUGAGCUUCUACCUCCUUUAGGGACAUUGCCAUUCCUUGAAGCGUUGGAAAUAAAGGUCAAUGAUAAUGACAUUGCCAUACCAACUGGCCCUGACUAAUGAGGAAUUUAGAAAUCUUUCUUACAUCCCAAACAUCCAAAUUGAUAAUGACCUCUGAAUAUUGAGUGAGGAGCCAGCUUCCACCAAUCUCAUCCACUCUUAUAUUCAGGGAUUGGGAGGGUCAAGCCUCCAAGUUGUAAUGGCUGGAUUCCCCAAGACCGAAUGCCCCCAUCCUCAGGAAAUUUCUUUGGCUCCCACAGCAAGCUAAAAGCAUUUACAAUGGCAUUGGAAUUUCAAGCUGAUGGUUAAUAUACCAAGUAGUUUACAAUCAGGUCCUUACCAACCCUAGGAAUGUUAUAAUCUACUUAAGGCGAUCAGUGGGUAGUGAAAUUAAUAGUAACAACAUUCAUCAUGUGGAUAUUGCUUCUGGCUUGUACCCUAGACUGUUCUGUUAUCCCAUCUGACUAAAAUGUCAGCACUUGCUACUAAACCAGUUGAAUGCGACUGCAGUGUCGCAGACAUUUGAAAGCUGUUCUUUCUGUGGUUUAUUUCUCUGUCCUUGCCGGGUCCUCUUCUGCCCUUCUAUCCCCCAAGUUCACUUGCUUCAGGCUGAGUCCUUGAUCUUUCCCCAAUAUCUAGCAGGGUUGAAGAUCUAAUGCUUCUUCUGAUGCUGGAACCCAGCUCCCCAUCCAGUGGAGAUGUCUGUACUCUGUAGCUUUAUUUCUUCAAGAUUUGGAAAGGCUUGCAAGCAAACUCUUAUGUGGAGGGAAUAGGGAGGUCAGGUCUUUUUAGUUCUGAUGAUUGGAGUCCACUACAAGAUGAUCCCCAACCCUUAUAAACUACGGAGGAAUUCUUCACACUAUCUCGUACUGUACUGCUUAGAUUUAAUCUAAAAGCGUUUACAAUGGCAUUGGGAUUUUCAAGCUGACGACUGGAUAUAUGCUUUGGGAUGUCAUCAUAAGAUCAUUCAACUGUAGUCCAUCUAGAGAAAUUGAACCAUCUGCAAAACAGCAUUUUAUGUCAGAGGUUUAUCUGACAAUGAGAAUGCACCAUCAAGAAAACUCUGCACACAUUGAUGGAUUGAUGAGGUUCUUACUAAAGCAAGGCAUUUUGCUUCACGUAUCUCAGGUAGAUUCUCAUUAUUUGACCUUUGUAAUCUUUUGGAGGGGCUUGAUUAUUCGAUUUCUUGCUAGUUUGCGCAAUUAUAACGUUCGCACAUACAUUAUUAUCUUAAUGACUUAAUCUUUUCGAGGUAUAAAGAGAAGUUAAUUAAGAGUGGAUGUGUCCCUGAAUUCCAUUCCAUGGAAACACUGGGGAUGACCCUAAAUGGCUUGUAAACAUUGAACAGGUAAACUCCUGACAUAUGUAAAACUUGAAGAUUAGCAGUUAGUUCAAAGCUCCAUAUAUAUUGCUUUUAACUUUCUGGUUCCGUUGAAUGUACUAAGGUCGUUGCCUAGUAAAGCAGACGAGGCAUAUCUUCUAGUGUCUGGACUUAAAUCAAAUGUAUUUCAGGAAGCUAUGGAGUUUGUGAUCAUGAGCCGUCACACGAGGAAGUUCGACACCAGAUUGUUUCGUUGGUUAUAUAUUUGUACCUAGGAAGGAAAAUAUUUAAGGUGACUAAAUAGUGGUGAAAUUGAUACUUACAUCAUUCAUCAUCAGGAUUGUGAUGAUAUUGUUUGUGGCUAGUACCCAAGACUGUUCUGUUAUGCCAUCUAGAAACACUUUCCACUGAACUGAGUGAAUGUGCAAUGAUCUUCAGAGACAUUUCAAAGCUGUUCUUUCUGUGAUUCAUCUUGCUGUCCCUACCGGAUCCUCCUCUGCUCUUCUAUCCCCAAAGUUCACUUGGUGAUGUGGUGCUGAAAACCUAUACAGCAAUUGCACAAUACAUGAGUAGAGGUGAAACUAAAUUGGAAAGCAAAGCUACAUCUUCAUUGGGAAUUCUUUUUAUGCCAAUCUCACUCUAGUAUGGUGGUAAACCUCAAACUGCAGAAAACCAAAGUGGCUCUGCCAGACUCCUUUAUGAGUAAACUGAUCUCUUCUCUUGAGGCUUCUGUUGUGUUCCUAGAGAGGAAAUUAUGAACCCAGCUAUCACUCAAUUAGACAAAGUUGCUGGCUAUGUCUCAUCUCAUAGUCUGUAGUUUUCUGUGGAAUUAAUCAAAGCAGAAAAUUUCUGCGUUGGUUCAGCCUGUGAACCAUUAAUUAUUUGCUUAGGUCAUCAAAUGCUUUGUAAAUAGAUGAUUUUGUGAUGUGGAUGAAGAGCAUCCUGAUUGAUUUGCUUGACUACCCACCGGUCCAGGCUGAUUAUUUCUGUUGUACAUCUUAUGAAUAACUUAAUAAAGUUUGAGGUAUUUCAUGAAAAAAUGAAAAGAAGGCUUUUUCUUUACUUA